AUGGACCCGAUCCUCCCUUCAAGAACAGACCUCGAGAGGAGACGACUAGAAUCAACAGUCGACCAAGACCUCGAUACCUUAUCGCUUGCCUCUUUGAUCACUUCCACUGAGUCUACGGCCACCGCAGACCCACAUCAUGAUUCCCUCACCUCGAUUUCUUCCAUCGAAUAUCCCAGAGCGUUCGGAGAAGGCGACACAGGUCGACCUGAUCCAUCGAUUCAUCCAACAGCUUACAGACCUCGUGACAAUUUCAGUCGGGGUCUUCAUGGAACUCCUAGAGCUGCGCAUCGGCAGUCGUCUGCAGCCAGUAGAGUAAGCAAUCUCGCAGACAGCCCUGUGUCGACUGCCGGACACCAUGUUAGCGCCGUCACGCUUGGCGAGGGCAUCUACAGGACCAAGCGUGAUGCAGCAUGGGAAAGUGGUGACGAGUUUGAUCCGGAGCGUAGUCUAGGGAGACUCGUAGGCGAGCUCGGCAAAGCCAUGCGCUUAUCGCCACGUCCAACGUCGCCCUUCGCCGUCAUGUCGCCGCCGCGAUCACCCCGGUCUCCUUCGCCUUUGUCGUCACUCCAGCAUCAGCAGCAGCACAACUUAUCCCUUACUUUGAAUCGCAACGAUCCUCUACCUUCUCCCCCCUCUUCCCGGUCAGCAUCUGGGUCCGGAGACGAGUAUGCAAAGCAUACCCAGGGCAGCAGACGAGCCUCGUCUCGAGCGCCUCUAGGCGAAACCACACGGCACAAUCAUGAGGUUGCAACGCGAGUCUGGGGCAAGUUUGAGAAUCUUGAGAAGGAACGAAGACCUGCCUCUGCCCCUGCCAGGGCUUUCGACGGGGACCUAACUAGGAUGACCGGGUUGUUGGAGACUCCGGCCAAGGGUGGCAAGUUUGGCUCGUUGGAUAAGAACGUAAACGUCGGCAGCGAAGAGCCAGGGGCCAGCAUACCGCAAGCUCUUGCUUCGCUUCAGGCUCGAUUACGAGCGCUAGAGACUGAGGCGUCGUUGUCCCGUCGAAGGGUGAAGGAGCUCGAAGACGAGUUGGACAGGGCUAGGGAAGAAGUGCAUUCAGCCCGGAAAAACGGCGAUGGCAGAUUGAAAGAGGCGAUCCAGGAGAAGACGGCCCUGGAGGAUCUCACUCGCUCGCUACGAUCCCACCUGGCUCGACUCACAUCCCAGUUGGAGGAACAGAAGGCUCUUGUAGCGAGUUUAAAAGAGACGGAAAGUCGACUGGCUUCAGCACGAGUAGAUCGGUCUGUCAGCGAUGAGCUCGCUGCUUUACGACGGGAAAUUGAACGCCUGAGCCGAGAGAUCCAGCGUCUCGGUGGAAUUGUGGAGCAAGGUCUCGAGACACGGCGUCAAGCCCGCGAGGAGCGUACCGUGCGGAUGGAACACGACGCCACUCGUGUUGGCCAAGAAGCUGCACGACACCCUGAGCGGUCAAUCAGAACCCCAAACAACGAGUUGCACCGGGUCGCCAAAGACUACGAACGUACUGUGCGGCUGGAACACGGCGAGGCUACUCGUGUUCACCAUGACGAUGACGAGUCGCAACGGGUCGCCAAAGAUUACGAACGUAAUGUGCGGCUGGAACACGGCGAGGCUACUCGUAUUCACCAUGACGAUGACGAGUUGCAACGGGUCGCCAAAGAUUACGAACGUACUGUGCGGCUGGAACACGGCGAGAUUACUCGUGUUCACCAUGACGAUGACGAAUUGCAACGCGUUGCCAAAGAUGUGGAACGGAGACAGCGGUCUGCGAGCACUGUGCCACCCACGCCUGGACCGUCAAAACUCCGACAAGGCCUGCAUGCUGCUGCUGCUGAUCCAGUGACCUUGAUGCCGCCCUCGGCAGCUCCUGCCAGUCGAAUCCAGAGAGCGCCCGCUCUCACUUCCCCGGCAUCGGACGAGGAAGUCGCUACUCCUGCGAAAUCUUCGCGUCGCGUUUCUGGCACAAAGAAACAAGCAUUGAAGUCCUCUCGCAAGAGUCGACCCUUGACGCAUGAAGAAGGUCCUGAGAGCCCCUUCCCCUCCAUUCGGGCAGAAGACGAGGAAGAGUUUUUCGCUGCUCUGGACCGGCCGGGUUCGCCGAUGAGAAGACAAGAGGCGACAAGCAGUCGAGCGACUCGACGAUCUCCUCUGGCCAAUGAUAGAGAUUCGGUCCGUCCACAGACUGUCUUGGCUAGAGUCGUUCAGGAAUUGGAGGAUGACUUUAAGCAUUACAAAGCAAUCUAUGCAGAACUUGCAGAUCAAUACAAGAUCAUGGAUGCUGCCUCGGCAGUCACCAAACGCCAUGUCCUGGCUGAGCAUCUGAAGGAAGUCAUCGACACGAUCGAACAAAAGGCCGACCAAAUCGCAGCACUAUACAAUGUCCUCUCUGUUCAGGAUCGAGCUGUGCGAUCUGGAGAAAUCGGAGGAUUUGCCGGUGUCAGCAAGAGUGUCCCGGACAUUCUCAGAAUGGUUCGCGAGACGAUCGGAGAGGAAGGGAUGAAGCGACUCGAGCGGGAGGGUGUGGGACGGAGAACCACUGCGGAGGUAUGA